CGUCAUCUCCAGGGGGCGCAGGCGACUGCGUUUCCUGGGCUUUCCGCGUGUAGCGUUGCUAACGCCGGCUCUGAAGCAGAGCCCAGCCGUGUAACCCGCUGCUUUGCUCUCACUUUGUUGUCAGCUCGCGUCCGGGUCUCACGGGGAUGGCCGACGAUCUGGGAGACGAGUGGUGGGAGAACCAGCCGGCAGCCGCCAGCAGCCCAGAUAUGCUUCUGUCAAAAUCUCUAUGGUGUACAGAGAAACUCGGUAUUCAUGCUGCUACUGAGCUGUCAGGUGGUGAGGAAGGAGGAGACACGGAAAUGACGCAGCAGGACACAGUUCCGGUUCCUGAGAAAACCCAACAGCCCACAGAGUGUUUCUUGACACAAGCAAAGGAACCAAAGGCAGAGGACUCCCGGAAGACCAGGAAGUGGAAGAAGAAGAAAAUUUCUGAUAUUCUUGCAAAAUCAGAGCCCAAACCAGGGACUCCUGAGGACCUUCAGAAGCUGAUCAGGGACCAUUACAGCAGCAGCCGUUCCGUGAUUGAAUUAGAUGAACUGCACCUACCAGACUCUUGCUUCCUCAAGGCCAAUGAUUUGACUCACAGCCUCUCUUCAUACCUAAAAGAAAUCUGUCCUAAGUGGGUAAAACUUCGGAAAACCCACAACGAGAAGAAGUCAGUCCUGAUGCUGGUCCUCUGCAGCUCCGCCAUCCGAGCGCUGGAGCUCAUCAGGUCUCUGACAGCAUUCAGAGGAGAUGCCAAAGUUAUGAAAUUAUUUGCAAAACACAUAAAGGUCCAGGAGCAGAUAAAGUUGCUGGAGAAGCGUGUGACACACCUGGGUGUGGGGACUCCGGGGAGAAUCAAAGAACUUGUCAAACAAGAUGGCCUUAAUUUGAACCCCUUAAAGUUUCUGGUUUUUGACUGGAACUGGAGAGAUCAGAAGCUGAGGAGAAUGAUGGACAUUCCCGAGAUAAGAAAGGAGGUUUUUGAGCUUCUAGAAAUGGGAGUGUUCAGCCUAUGCAAGUCAGACUCCUUGAAGCUGGGCCUUUUCUGAGCCUGGGUCCUGAUGAAGAGUCCAGUUGCCAACAGAUUGUGAGCACUCAGUAACCUCCUCUGACGUCAUUAUGUUAACGUCACCACCCAGUGGCUCACCGAGGACGCUUCGUGGGGAUUCCUUGACAACUGUGAGCCUGUCCUUUGGCUCGUACCCUCAGAUAAUAAAAGCUCUGCCUGUG